GAUGAACAAUCUGAAGGAAGGAUGUGUUGCAACUUAGCAUCGUCAUAGAUCCACAUGCUUGUCUAAGCCAAGUCCACCGAAUACUCCACAUGGAAUUCGGUUCCGAAAGUCAGCCAUCAAGGACAACAUUGACCCUUGAUGACCUGUAGUCCGAUACGGCCAGGGGAAGCACUCGACGGAGAGGCGAUCAUUCCAGAACGGAGGGUCAGGCGGGCUAUGAACGGCCAAUUUAUUUUGUGAUGCUCAAUAUCACCGGGAAUGAAGGCCAUGGAACUUUCCAUUCCUCCAUCCCUGCAGACGCAGCCAGAAGCAAAUCGCAGAAGGAAGAGGGCAAAGCGUUGUCAGAGAGGGAAGCUGAUACCAUCUCAGAUAGCGUUGUUCAUAUUGCAAGUGGGGGGACAGGGCAAGAUAUUUAAUAGAAUUCCACCCUCUAACUUACCACCAUGAUUUCCUUAUUUUUCUUCUGCGUUGAAAAUAUUUGUUCGAAAAGGAAAUAUGCCGUCUAGAAUCUCCCCUGAAGGAUUUUUGCCGCUGUCUGACACUGCGCUCUUCAAACCGCUUCGAUUGGGGACGCUGGAGCUUGAGCAUCGCAUCGUCCAAGCACCUUUAACACGCAUGCGAGGCACGAAAGAGGCCGAUGGAGUAUGGCAUUGCGAAGACCUGGUGGCACAAUACUACAAUCAAAGGGCAACCAAAGGUGGUCUUCAAUUGACAGAGGCUUGUCCAAUCAGCCGUCUGGCUUGUGGCUAUCCUGGAGUGCCUGGCAUAUUUACAUUGGAUCAAAUUGCUGGCUGGAAAAGGGUCACAGAUGCGGUUCACGCAAAGGGCGGUUUUAUUUUCUGCCAGCUGUGGCACGUAGGUCGGGCCACUUGCCCGUCAUUCUUGGAUGGACAUAACACAGUCAGCUCCAGCGACAUUCCGAUCGGCGGAAAGGCUUUUGAUGGGACCGAUUAUGCUAGUAACCCCCCGAAACCCAUGAGUAUUGAUCAGAUUCAAGAAACGGUCCAUGAAUUCGCAGCAGCAGCUAAGAGAGCGAUGCAAGCUGGAUUUGACGGAGUCGAGAUCCACGGGGCCAAUGGUUAUCUUCUGGACCAGUUUCUGCACGACAACGUCAACAAGCGAAUCGAUUCCUACGGUGGAUCCGUCGAGAAUCGGUGUCGAUUUCCCUUGGAAGUCAUACGGGCGGUGACCUCUGCCAUCGGCCCCGAGCGCGUCGGCAUUCGACUUUCGCCAUACAAUUACUUCCAAGAUACCAAAGACUCCGAUCCCAAUGGCAACUGGGCAUAUCUCUGCACCAAGAUUGCGGAGCUCCCCAAGGAGAACAAGCUAUCCUAUGUGCACAUGGUUGAGCCCCGCUUCGAUGAGGUGUUAGACGAGAAGGCCAAGAUGGAUGCCUUAUCUGCUUAUACUUCCCAAGACAAAGGGGUUGAAGCUGAAGCAACAGCUGGGCCCGUUGGCCACUCUCUUGUCCCGUUCCGCCAGAUCCUACUGAACGGUGGCGUGAAAUUCCUCGCGGCAGGUAAUUUCAAUAGGGAUAACGCCGUAUCGAAGCUCACCGAUGAUGAAGCUGAUGCCAUAGUUUUUGGGCGUCAAUUCAUUUCCAACCCCGAUCUUCCUAAACGUCUAGCGGAAGGUUUACCAUUGAAUUCUUACGACCGAAGUACGUUCUAUGGUGCAGAUCCGCCAAGCAAGGGAUAUGUCGACUACCCUUUUUAUGGGCAAGAAAAUGUUAAGUUGGCUGCAUGAAAGGUGUUCUGGCAUUGCUGUUACAUUUUGGCUUUUUAUUGUUUACAAAAUCCUCAUGGGACGGGGCUUUUCAGAUGGAGGUAUUCAAAUAUUCUAAAUGUAAAUAUUUUCUGUUCGCCGAUGUUAUUGGCGGACUCAGCUACGAG